CCGACUUUGUCGCCCCUAGUCUCCUGGUCCUUGCGUUUGUGUCGCAACAUCCACCCUGUCACAGCGUGAACCGCAAGCUUUUUCGAUGGGAGAUGAGAAGAAGGAUGAGAAGGAAGGCAUCUCCGCCGAAGCUUCUUCGGACGCGGCUGGCGCGUCCGACCGGAGCUCGGUGAGGACCAUCUUGGGCAGCUGCAAGAGGCCUUUGGAUGGCCACCACGCUUCGAACCACCGUGGAGUGAGCUGGGAUGAGGCCAAUUUGGCUGAACAUGACAAGGAGAGGGGUACAAGGCGGAAGAUUGAUGAGCCGCCAACUCCAUGGGCACAGAGUCCAGUGUCCUCAGAGGAGGAGACUGAAGCCAAAGUGAAGACGCCCAAGUCGUCGACGCAGGUCUCCACCGUCGCAGAUGCGUUUCUUGGGGCGUCGCCGUGGCGUCGCCGUGGCGAGUCUUCGUGAGAUGUCGGUGCGAUGCUGGUGUUCGUAAGGUGCUUCAAAGCAUGGAGGUUCAGGUUGGUGGACUGCCAACAAAAACAUGUGUUGAUCUGACUUAGAUGGUUUAGGAUAGUUUGAUCUAUGAUCUAUGUGUUGAUCUAGUUGUGGGAUGUUGUUCUGUAUUUUAUGACUAUUCUUUUCUAAGGUGUUGAUCUGAUUUUAGCAAUGCGAUUUUCGUUCGAAAGAGCUCAGCUCCGGACUGUCGGACUGCUCCGGACUGGCGCACUGAAGAAGGAACGUCAUUGGCGCGGGAUGGGG